CACACACACACGCAGUGUCUCUGCUGUGACUGUGUGUGUGUGUGUGCGUGUAUCACUUCAGAUGCUCAGACAGAAUUAAAAAAUGCGCUCCUCCGCCCUGUCACCAGUGUUGUGCGCAUUUUCUUGACAAGCCCCGUGUUUUCCCACAGCAUGGUGCACGGCGGACUCAAAAGAAGCCUCAGCACUUCAUCUUCAUUCAUACACAACCAUUAAAGAAAAAAGAAAAAAAAAGAAACUCUCUCUCUCUCGGACGCCUAAUUAAAAAGACAAGCAGACCAGGCACGCCGCCGAGCAACACCUGUUCCCACCUUCACAGCGAGAAGAGAGAAGAUGCAGGAGGCUACCCAGCGAGGCUCUCAGCGGGCCUUCAGCGUCCUGGAUCGUCUGCUGGUCACACACCCCGUGUGGCUGCAACUGUCACUCAACCAAGACUCCGCCCUCUACAUCCUGCUCAGAGAGCCCGUUGGGACAUUUUUGGUGCGUAAAUGCAGCUCCAGCCAGAGGAAGGUGCUGUGCUUGAGAGUGACGGCAGACAAAAGUGCCUCCUCUGUUAAGGAGUGCUUCAUCUGCGAGGAGGACUCCACAUUCGCCUUGGAGAGUUCGGCACUCAGCUUCCCCGACCUGUGUCGUCUGGUGGCCUUCUACUGUGUCAGCAGAGAUGUGUUGCCCUUCCCGCUGCAGCUACCGGAGGCCAUUGCUAAAGCCACAACACACAGGCAGCUGGAGGCCAUCUCACACAUGGGACAAGACUUCUGGAGUGUGCCGAGUGCCUCAGAGAUCCAAAAUGGACCGGUGGACCUGGUUGCAUCAACCAGUGGCAGCCAGGCUCAGACCCAGGACCGAUGUACCAUGCUGAGCCGGGGUAGACAAGGCAAACUCUGCUUCAUCAACCCGCUCUUCCUACAGCUUGAGGUUAGCAAGCAGCCGCAGCUCGUAAACCACAGCGCCUCGAAUAAACGGCACCGCUUCAAGCGCAGCAUGCGGCUCCGGCUCUCCGAGUCCUCCAUGAAUCUAUCGCUCGAGGGGAUCGGCUCCUAUUCACCUUCCUCAUCGGGGGACCAGCCCGGUGAGUCAGAGAGGCUGCAGAAGGCCGGCACCAACCCACAGAGAAGAGUUCACCCCGGGGCGGGGGUCCUGAGGAGAACUCCUGCUGUAUCACCAGGUUCUGCAGAGGAGGAGGACAUGAUGUCCGUCUAUGUGCCACAAACGUCUGCACAGGUGGAGGAGUUUCCACAGCCCCAGCCGUCCGCCCGAGCAAAGGAGUCAGGCAUCGAGGUGGCAGUUUUGUCCCUGGAGCGCCGUCCAGCUCCGUCCCUGGCUGAGCUCGACAGCAGCAGCUCCUUCAGCAGCAUGGACGAGGACAAUGACUCGGAUUCAGAUCCAGAAAGCAUGACCCAAGCCCAAACUAACAUCUACCAGCGCCCGCCGCUCGUGCGCUCUCGAGGCCGCGGCGGGCUGCACCGCAUGAGCGAGGCGUUUGUGUGUUUCUUCGCUCCGGACAAGAGGCUGACGCGACUGGUGGAGGAGCUGUCCAGAGACAGGCGCUCCACCUUUGGGGGCAUGGUUCAGGAUUUCCUCCUGGCGCAGAGAGAGGUGCUGAAAUCCCUGACUUCCUCUUCUUCUUCAUCCUCGUCUUCGUCACGUGUGACGUCCGUGCAGCUCCUGCAGGGUCUGCGCCUCUUUCUGUCCCAGGCGAAGUGCUGCCUGCUGGACAGCGGAGAGCUGGAGCCUCCCAUUGAAACUCUGGUACCAGAGAACGAGAAAGACCUGGCGUUGGAGCGGGCCAUGUUCUCCUGUGUGCUCCGGCCUCUGAGGUCCCACCUGGAAAAAGCUCUGGUUGAGCUGCACAAUCAGGACGGCACCUGCCAGCGUCUCACCAAGAACCUGCUCCAUCUGAAGGGGGACGCCGCCAUGGAGCGUCUCGGGGUUCGAACGGGCGUCCCCGACAGCCGUGGGGUGGAGAGGGUGAAGCAGAAGCUGGUCUUGAUGCAGAGGACGCACUCGCCUAUUGACAAAGUUCUGCUGCUGCUGCAAGUGUGCAAGUGCGUCCACAAGGCCAUGGGGUCCUUACAUGGACAGGAAGUGAGCUGGGACGACUUCCUGCCAUCGUUGUCGUACGUGAUUGUGGAGUGUAACCGGCCUCACAUCCUGAUAGAGGUGGAGUACAUGAUGGAGCUGCUGGAGCCGUCCUGGCUCGGAGGAGAGGGCGGGUACUAUCUGACCAGUGUGUACGCCAGCCUGUGUCUGAUCCAGAGCCUGGACAGGGAGCAGCCGUUCUCAGGUUGCCUGACGCCGGAGGCCCAGGAGGCGCUGAAGGAGUGGAGCUGCAGACGGAGCCGAGAGGCCCAGAGACAAAAGGAGAACCAGCAGAGCCAGAGGUGCGUUCGGAUACUGUUCCAGGACGGGGAGCGGAGCGCCGUGCGGACUUUGCAGUGGAGAGCCGGGGAGACCAGCCAGGCCCUGGCGCAGCUGUGCGCCUCCACCUUCGGAGUGUCCGACCCGCAGCAAUACACCCUGUACUGGCGCAGCGGCGGCGAGAUGAGGGCCCUGCCGCCUCAGGCCCAACCCCAGGACCUGGCCAGCCACAGCGAGGGAGGCCCCUCGCUCUCCUACCUGAGGACCGACCACGACUUCAGCAAGAUGCGGCGGCUCACCAGAGGUGGCGCCGUGGACCUGAGCGAGUCGGUGUGUGAGGAGUGAGUGGGAGGAAUGGGAGGAAGGAGGGAUGAGGGAGGAGGAGGUGGAGAUGGAUGGUUGCGCUCGCUUUCUCUCUCUCUCUUGUUCUGUCUCUUUCUCUCCGGCGGUGUGUUGUGUCUCGUCGUGGGUCAGGACUUGUUGUGAAAAACUACAGCCCUUCUCCAGACUAGGAGCAGACCUUAAACGGUAAACUCUUCCCUAAAUGGACCAACAUGCAGAGCAGAGCAGGACCAACAUAGGGACUGUUGCCAAAAGUUGUACUAUGUACCACUCAGUGUGGCUGCUGGUGUAAAGGAGUGUACUAUUUUUGUGACAUGGAAAAUGUGUAAUAAAUGGAUUUGGUUGUUAUUUGAAACAUGAACCCAGAGUUAUACCAUGAAGGGAUUACAUCAUUAAAAACGUGAGGAGGCUCAAAUCCAAAGACAAAUUCUGUGAGACUACUGUUGCCUGGAAACACAACAUCACUUCCUGUACGCACACGAGAAGGCAAAUUGUCCACCGGUGGCGGCGGUGGUGGUGAUGUAACCCUUUCACAGUAUAGUUCUGGGCAAAAUCUAAAAGACACUUGGAUGUUUUAUUACUUCACUUUUAUGUGUAAAAGUCUGCAGAUUUUUCGGAUGGAGAACGGCACCUUUCUGUGCCCCCUGGAAUACAGUUUGAUGUGUUUAUAGCCAAGACCAAACCUCAAUACCAAAGUGACAAAGAAAACCAGAUAAAGAGAGGCCAUUACGUGAUACAAACAGGUGUUUACUUUGAAAGAAAUCAGGUUUAAAAGCUCGACGGAAGCUUUAAAAAUCGGCUGUUUUUUAUUUUUAGAAUCACCCACAGAGAUGGUUUUAUUUUUGCUUUUUCGAGAAGAAGAAGAAGAAGAAGAAGCAGCACAGACUCUCCUCCUUGCUCGCGUAUUCUAUUAAGUGUUUUUGGCAGGUGGAGUAAUGAGCGAGUAGGAGUGAAGUGAUAGAGAAGCAUCAGCUUUCUGUUUUUAAAACCCGACACACCGAGACAACCUGCAACAGAUUUAAACAGACUUGCGAAUGUAUUAAAAUCUUUUUUUUUUCCCCCAGUCAGACUUUAAUCCCUUCACAACUGCAUUCAUUUCACGUUUCAAUUCAACUGCUUUUCAGUUACUACUGUUUCUCUUGGCCGUACUGUAAAAAAAACAACAACAACACCGCGUCACGACCUGGAACGACAGGGAAGUCAUACCAAUAAAACCAGGACCUCACGGUGACUGGUAGAAUGUAAAUGUAAAAAAUAAAAAGUCACCAGCUUCUGGUGACUCCUGCUGCAAGUCAUCACCAUCAACUGACUGUUCAACUCAGUGUCAUUACCAAUUAUCAUGUUGUGUAUUUAAAAAAAACAACAACUAACUUUUAAUUGUUCAAUUUGUUGGGUAGAUAUCAAACCUAAGUAUGGAUUUUCAACAUAUCUGGAGUUUUUAAUCGGCCCGAGGAGGUUCGUUUUGAGAACGAUGACGUGUUUUGAACAUUAUUGCAUGCUUUUUCAUUUAACGUGACAGUUCUGCGGAUGUGGUGUGCGUGUAUGUGUGCGUGUGCGUGCGUGAAGCAUGUGUUCAUUGUGAGAGCUCACUAUUUCUUUUCAGUGUAAAAACACAUUACUGUAUUUUGUCAGGUAACUCAGUAUCGCAAUAAAAAAGAUUGCAAUAUC